UGUUUUCCUCUUUCCUUAUUACUGGUUUGUAGAGACAGAACAUAUGGAUGAACAGAGGGAGAAACAGAGAGGACUCUAGCUCUAUGCUUUUUUCUAUUUCAAGAAAUUCCAUAUUCUUUGGAACCCUCCAAAAGACAAACAAAACAAUGAAGACAAAAACAACCUCUUGUUGUUCUCAAAGCAGCCAUGGAAAAGUCCCUCAAGACAAGAGCUUUAAUUCCAAUUAGCUCACUUUCCAACAAACCUUACACCCCCAAACCAAACCCUGCUUUUAGUGAUGAAACACAUCUGAUGGAGAAAGAUAUUUGAGUUUUCCUUAAGGGGUCUUCCUGGAUUUCGAUGAAUUUCAAAACCCUGUUGGGAAUUUUAAUUUAUUGCUCUGUUUGAUCAGUUUUGUCAGGAGAAUUCACUGUACUUUUACUGGUAAUUCCCUGUCUCUGUUUCAUGAUCAGGGGAUGGGCGUGCUCCACUCAGCUGAUUCUUGUAUGGUCAAAACAGGAAACAUUGAAAACCAGAGCCUGUUUUUGUUUUCCUCUGUUUAUUUGAUACUGCUUUCAAGUUUCAACUAAUGCUUUUCUAGUCACAAUUAGUCUAACACUGUUUAAAAGUGUUGGAAAGAGAAAUAUCUAAUUCUUGAUUUUACUACUCUGAUUAAGGAGUUCCUUCUGGUUGUUGGGGGUGAAGAUUACUCUGACUGUUAACGGCAGGAAUGAUUCAAGAGGGAACAUCGUCUGUGACUUCAUCACCACAUCAGUUCUUCACCUGGAUGUCACUAUCUCCUGGUUUAGGAUCCCCGUUCCCAUGGCCCCGGGAGCUCAAAUCUGAGGAGAGGGGUUUAUAUCUGAUCCAUCUUCUUGUUGCCUGUGCAAACCAUGUCGCUGCCGGUAGUCUUGAGAAUGCCAAUAUUUACCUUGAGCAAAUAUCCCAACUUGCCUCUCCCGAUGGAGAUACCAUGCAAAGAAUUGCCGCUUACUUCACUGAGGCACUUGCUGAUAGGAUGCUUAAAGCAUGGCCGGGUCUUCACAAAGCCCUCAAUUCCACAAAAAUAUCAUCAGUAUCAGAGGAAUUUCUUGUUCAAAAAUUGUUCUUUGAGCUAUGCCCCAUUUUAAAGCUUGCAUACAUUAUCACAAAUCAGGCCAUUGUAGAAGCUAUGGAGGGGGAGAAGAUGGUUCAUAUUAUAGAUCUCUAUUCCUUUGAGCCUGCACAGUGGAUCAAUCUUUUUCAGACAUUUAGUAGUAGACCAGAAGGGCCACCCCACCUGAGAAUUACAGGCAUUCAUAAACAGAAAGAGGUGUUAAAGCAAAUGGCCCUUCGGUUGACAGAAGAAGCUGAAAAAUUGAACAUUCCAUUUCAGUUUAACCCAAUAGUUUGCAGGUUAGAGAAUCUUGAUCUUGAAAGUUUGCGUGUCAAGACCGGAGAAGCUCUUGCAGUCAGUUCUGUCCUUGAGCUUCAUUCUCUCCUGGCUACUGAUGAUGAGAUGCUUAGAAGGAACAUUAACUCCCCAUCCGUGUCUAAGAAUGUUAAUAGUAAUCAAUCACACAGAGUGUUGCAGAUGAACCAACGUACUUUUGGAGAGUGGCUUCAGAAAGAACCAGUCCAUAUGUAUAGCCCAAGUUCUGACUUGGCAACACCAUCGCCAUCAUCUCCGCUGUCCCUAGCUCCAGCACCGAAACUGUGGAGCUUUCUAACCGCUCUACGGGCACUGUCACCAAAACUGAUGGUAGUAACUGAGCAGGAGUCCAACCAUAAUGGACCUACUUUAAUGGAGAGGGCAAUGGAAGCAUUGAAUUUCUAUGCUGCGCUCUUUGAUUGCUUACAGUCUACAGUAUCAAGAGCACCACAAGAGCGACAAAAGGUUGAGAAGAUGCUUUUCGGAGAGGAAAUUAAGAAUAUUAUAGCAUGUGAGGGCCUUGAGAGAAAGGUGAGACAUGAAAAGCUUGAGAAAUGGAUUCUGAGACUUGAGUUAGCCAGCUUUCUAAGGGUGCCUUUAAGCUACCAUGGCAUGUUGCAGGCAGGAAGGUUGUUGCAGACCAAUAACUAUGACGGUUAUAAGAUCAAAGAAGAGAAUGGGUGUUUGCUUCUGUUCUGGCAAGAAAGACCUCUAUAUUCAAUGUCAGCCUGGGGGUUUAGACGCUAUGAUUAAGAUUGUUACUCAUUUUGUGUGUGUGCUUGUUUCCUCCUUUGUAUUGUUCUUCUCUCUGUAAAGAAUAUUAAGCUUUUCUUUCUCUGCAAUCUCAUAAUGUUCCAAUGAAAAGUUGGAGCUCAUUUCUCCUUGACUCCUAUGUUUAUCUUUCUAUGUUUGCUAGUCUAUUUGCCCUCUUAGAUCCAAUGUAUAAGAAAGACUAUUCAUUCUGCAUAUACUUCGAAAAUUUAAACAU